AUGGCAAAGUUUAACCUAUUGUGUUCCCUUAUUUUAGUGUUAGUUUUAAAUAAAGGUUUAGUGUAUAAUCAAAGUGUUCAGACUGAGACGUGUCCUGAUAUAUUUACCCGUGAUGGGUCUAGAAUUUACGGGACAAUCGUGCUGAGAGGAACAAAUCCAGUGUCGCAAUUAGAACUACAAGCCAGUUUUUCGGUUGUAGGAUAUCUCACUGAUUAUGGCCGGAUAGAGAUAGAGAAUCCAAUGUACGCGCUUCAGAACUACAACCGAGGACUUCCAAUACAAUAUCGGGUGUACCUACCCGUUGAAGUUGACGUUGACGUUUCGUCACAAAUCCCCAUAGUUACAGAAAUCACGGUCAAUGGGAAACCAAUAUGCAAUGGGCCUAAACUGAUACCUCGGCAGAACCAGGUUAUCACGAACUUCAAUUUGAAACAGACUUCAUACCUAAAGAGAACAGGAGAACAGUUUGGUGUUGGGCGGCCGCAGCUAAAUCAGAAUGAUCAAUUAGGCGGUUCAUUAGUUGACGUUCAAGAAACACCUAUCAGAGGAACGGACGAAGAUCUUUUGAAUUCAUUAUUUAACUUUCAGAGAAAUCCGGCGGUGCAAGAAAUACCUGUGACACGACCAGCAAGACCCUUAUCAUCAUUAAGACCAUUGACACCUCAAAAAGCUGAUCCUGAGUCGUACAUUCCUUAUUUUCCACGAGAGGAAACUACUGAACCCCCCCAACCAGUUACCACACCAAGACUUACCCAAAGACAGCCAGAACUUGACUCCAGUAUUGAAUGCGGUACGCGGUCCAGCGGGAACGAUAGGCUUGCACUCGUCUACAAUGGGAGAAACUACAUGAGAGGUGACCUGCCAUGGCUGGUAGCUAUUUACAGGAAAAAAGGAAACAGUCUUAGUUUCAUAUGUGGUGGCACUCUUGUCUCGAAUAGACAUGUUGUCACUGCUGCCCACUGCAUGCGGCAUGGCAAUGAAAGGACUGAAAUUAAUGAUAUUGUAGUGAAAGUCGGUGUUCAUAGACUUGACGAUUGGGGCGAUGAGAUUACUGUCACCAGGACUCUCAUUGACGCAAAAAUACAUGAAUCGUUUAACGCUACUUCGCUUCAAAAUGAUAUCCUCGUGCUGACUUUUACUAAGCAAGUCAAAUUCAACGCGUUCAUUAGACCAGCCUGUUUGUGGAAUGGUGACUCUUCUCUCGAGCACAUCGUAGGGGCUUCUGGAACUGUCGCAGGUUGGGGUGCCCAGAUAAAUCAAGGUGCUGGAAUCGGUGAGCCGCAACUAGUAAACGUGCCAAUUGUCCGAAUGGAAACAUGUCGAUCCAGCAAUAUAGCAUUCUACAAAAUCACCUCUGAUAAGAGUUUUUGCGCAGGAGAUCGUAGAGGCUCGGGUCCUUGUAGUGGAGACUCCGGUGGCGGCUUUUACCUUUUAGACGGAGGCAAAUGGAGACUCAGAGGCAUUGUCUCCUUCUCACUUCGAGCCCAAGAUGGCUCGUGUGACCUAAAAGACUACGUAGUAUUCACCGACACAGCAAAAUACCUACCUUGGAUCAGACAAGUCUUAUCAAAGGAGUAUUUUGAUUAA